CACAGGUUUUAGAGGGGGGUUCUUUUUGCCUUCCAGGAGCUGCUCUAGAAGUGCUUCUCUGGAAAGAAAGCUCUUCCACGGCAUCUGCAGAACCUGCCCAAGCCACUUCAGCACCCCGGUCCCUGAAGGACGGUUACAAUCCCUACUGAAGCAGGCUUCCAAGGUUUGCUUCUGAGUUUGCUGCUGCCACUGCCGCUGCUGGAGAUUCGUGGUUUCAAACAAACUUCUCUCUCACUCCCUCCUUAGAUGGCUUGCCGCUCGUCUCUGCUGGGAGAAAGGAAGAGCCUUCUGCUCCAAUUCGAAAGGAGCUCUCAGCAAAGCUCCUGGAUUCCUGGCAAGCCAUUCUAGGUUGCUUGGGGAAACUAGAUUUCAGCCACGCCUGGCCCAUAAGCCUUCAGCCUGGAGUACUUUUUUUUUUCUGAUUAAGAUUGUGGGAUUUCACAUUUACCUGCACAGAGUGUUUCUGUGAGUCUCUCCCCUUCUCUCAGUAACCCGUAGGUAAGAUUCAGGCCACAUUUCGAUUGAUCAUUGAAAACUUUUUCUAGCUAGCUUUUGCAAGAAAAUUUCCAGCUGUUAACCUAGCCCCUACGGAUUUUUUUUUUUUUUUGCAAUCAGCCUACCAACUGUGGCUUUGCUGGCCUACUUGAAAACGAUCGUUUUCUUCCUUGAUCGAACAACCAGUUCAGACGAUAACGCGUGGUGAUUUUUCUAGUUGCGGAAAUUUACGUGAGGCAUAUUUUCUGCUUGAUAACUGGGAUACCCUCCAUUUAUAUUUUCCGUAAUUCACCUCUAAAGGCAGAGAGAUGAAUUCCAUUGUUUUGCAUGGGAAAGGAAUGACACACACAGGUGUACAUCUAUAGUUGUUUUUCCUGUUUGGGCCUUUUUAACUUCAGAGAUACUUUUUUUAAAAUUAAGAACCGUCUUGUUGGUUUAAUGACUUCGGGGAGCUUCAAGUUGUAUCAAAAAGGACACUUCGAUGGAAAAUUCCAGGCUAGAAAAUACAUUUUAAAGUCUGCAACCAGGUGAGUGUAAUAUUAGCAUUCGAGGUGGGCCUAAUUUUUCUUUUUUUAAUCUGAAGACUAUUGUUUAAUAUUUUUUAAAAGUAAAACUGGUUUGUUGUUGUAAGUACUAAACGGGACUCUCUUUUCAAUGAGCGUGGAUUUUAGCGCGUGGCUUCAACAGAAGAAAGGAAUAAAAUAGCAUUGCCAGAAAGCCUCCGGUUUUGGCGGAUAAACUUUAACAAACUCGAAGUUAGAAAGGCAGCCUAGGGACGGACCCUGCUAGAAUAUAAACACUGAGUGGAUGGGGAAAACAGAGGUUGUCUCCCAUGGGGACCUGUCUCUCGCCAAGCAGUUCCAGCACUCUUCUCAGAAGGACCAAACAACUUUUUGCCCCAUACGCGGUUCGUGCCCCCUUCCUUCCGCUAACAAUGUCUGAAUUCAUCUGGAGGAGGAGACGGACCUAAUCUGGUGCUGCUUCUGAUCUUGAGGUUUGCACGUGGCACAAACAGACUGUGAGGGGGACAGAGGAGAACCUGGAGGAAGGGGACUGCCCUGUUUCUCAUCGGGCCCCCUUAACUGCCUUUGCAAAGAGGGCUUUAAUCCUCAACCCUUUUGCCUGUUUGUUGGAACCUGCUGUCUGGGUGAGGACGCAUUCCUGAGCAGUAUGUGUGGCCGGAGCGCACUGCUGCAGCUGGGAGCAUGAGUGUUGGCCCCCAGCUACAGUUGGCAGUCCUCUGGCCUUGGCUGCUUAUGGCUACGCUGCAGAUCCGACUGGGGUACUCUGGACUGGCGCUGGCAGCCGUGGUAGAAGCCGACCGAUCGCUGGCCCAAAAGGCAAUCAUUCGGGUGACCCCUUUCAAGCUGGAGCCUCUCAUGCUGGAAGGAGUCUUUGCUAGCAUUGCGGACGUGACCCCGGCAGAAGGAAAUCUUCUGCAGUUCCACCCCCUGUCUCUAUGCAACACCAGUGAAGACGAGCACACCUUCUCAGGAUUUGUCUCCAUCAUCAAGCUGGAACGUCCCGAGCGGGAUCUCCACCCCUGUUUGUCGCUGGCCAACAAGGCAAAGCUGGCGGGCGAGAGAGGGGCGCGGGCUGUCCUCUUCGACAUCACAGACGACCAGGGUGCUGCUGACCAGCUUUCAGACAGCUCCUUUUCCACCUGUGCCACCAAAAUUCAGAAGAGGGCAGCAGGCAGACUCGAAGAGGCACAGAUAACUGUUACUGAUCAAGAUCCCUCGGCUUUACCCCUGCGCCCCCGGGAGGAUGUACAUCAGCCAAGGCCUGGGCAAAGGCCCCAUUUCUUCCGGCAACAUCCGGGACGUGCCUUGUAUCACUUCCCACAGACUCUCCCCCCAGCAGCCCCCAGGAACUGCCCCGAACACCCUUUCCUCCACUCUCCGCAGCUUUCCCAGUCAGGUAUCGGGACAAUGCAUUACUUGCGCUAUGGACCGGUGGGUUCAGAGACAUGGUGCCCUCACCAGCCGCCUCGGGUCCAAAGACUAUUGGUUUCCCAACCUCAGGAGUCUCGGCUGUGUGAGCAGGCUGCUCACAGGCCCUUCCUGCUUCAACGCCAGCCCCCCUGCCGAGGAGGACUGAGGGCUCCCCUCUCCGACAAGCUCAACCGUGCCGGUCCUCCCAACAGAGGAAUCCGCCACGGGAGGCAUCAUCACCACAACAGCGGCUCAGGGGAGAGUUACCUCACGGAGCCCAGUGGGUACCUUCCCGACGGCCCUGGUAGUGACACCAGUUCUGGUCCUUGCCACGGCUCCUCCAGCGACUCCAUGUUGAAUUGCACUGACGUCAGCCUUCAGGCCAUCCAUGGAAGCUGUUCCACUUUCCACAGCUCCUUGAGCAGCGAUUACGAUCCUUUUGCCUUCUGCGGUUCGGACAAGCCAGCCACGGAGAGUGGGCAAGAGCCGUCUCCGUCUUGGAGGGAGCCACGGCCCAGGCUUCAGUCGGUGGACAUGGCGGGGAAGGGCAGGGCUCAGCUGGCCAGUAACCAUGUCCAUUACCACCACCACCAUCACAGGCACCACCAUUACGGACGGAGCCCCCCAGACUAUCUGAGUGGCAGGCUGAGCCACGAGCCCAUUCAACGCAAGGCCAAAUACCCCAGGGCCAAAGCUGGGCUACUUAGUGCCCAGGUGCACAAAAGGACUGAGAAGGUACACUUGCGAGAAAGCGGCUCAGACUCCCAGGAGGCAACUCUGCUCGGGCAGCCUUCUUGUUUGCCUCAAAGACACGCCCCUUCCUUGCCCGACAGAUUGGACUUCAGGGCGGAAGCCAGUGGGCAAGCAGGAGCCAUGGGGUCCCAGACCUCUCCCCAGCCCUUCUUACAACUUCAUCCCAGCAGGAGGAAAUGGAAACACCCCCUUGUCUCUUCCCAGUUCCCUUUGCCAGAGGAUUCCAGCGUGCCUCCAGACUGCAGUGCCCCCACUCGCUGUGGCCACAGCUCUGCCAACUGCUGCCCCACAGAGAUGCAGCCGCUUGUGCCCAGCGGUUCCUCUGUGCAUACUUUUUCCGAUUGUCAGCAAGUUUCAAAGUGCUUAGCUCCACAUUCUGAUAGCAGGCCUCGGGAGCAGGGGAACAGGACAGUGGAACAGGACUGCGAAUCUGUGCUUCUGGCGGAAGGUUCCGGGAUGGACACUACGGGGAACUAUGCCAGUGUUUACCUCAGCUGCCAAAUUCCACAACCCCAUCAGGGAUCUAAAGAGGAUGUCCCAGAUAUAUACGAACAUUCAGUUUAAGCGGAGGUGGACUUUGGGACCAGGAGACAGAAUCGUGCCGUUUGGGAAUCCCACGAGAAAGAAGUCUCUUGCAAGUUGUCAGCGAAUCCUGUUCUGUUGGAGUGGCAGCCAGUCUUAAGAAGUAGCCAGAGUCCAGUCAACCCUUCCUCAUCCUCUCAAACUCGCUAUUACAUCACGGUUGCAAUUAGCUUUUCCGAGUUGUCCAGCGCAUAGUUCAUGUGCCAAACAUAAGCUGCCAGUAUUGCUUGCCAGUUGUCAGGAGUUGCUAUCCUGAAGGUGGUUUCGGGAUCUUUGCUACUCUUGUUCCUGGAGGAAGGAGCAGAUCUCUCUGGCUUUUCCAGAAGCUCAUCCAGACCUGCCCGUUUUUCCUCACUUCACAACAUCAUGUAAGCUAUAGCGAUGCUUCUGGCUGUUCCUUGCAUCCCUGACCACUAACGUAGAAGUUUGGGAGAAGUUGCCACUAAAAGAUAUGAGCUGUACAGUGAAGGUCAUUUGGACAAAUGGGUCCGUGCUGAGUUCUCUUUUGCCAUCCAGGUGCUGAUUGGGUUCAAAGGCUUGAGGGAAUCAGAUACACAGGAAAUACACCCACAUAAACAACCACCUGCUGAAAGCAGAUCUAAUGUGGCAUGCAAGAAUUCCAUGUCCACAUUAUACUUUUGGGCCAUGCAACUCUGAAUAAGCGUUGCUUUGUGCGCAUGAACAACAGGUCCAAUCUCUGCUCCCAGCUUGUGUGAAUUGCAGAUACCAAAUGUAGUGGCUGAUCUCGGGGUCGGGGAAAUGCUCUUUUCCCCUUCACAGCAAGUAUUUCGCGGGAGGACUACUUCGAGACAAGCAUGAGUGGUAGCAGACCAGUGUAGUAAUUCUUCAUGUUACCUGUUCUUUUGCCACAGAUAUCCAUUGCUCCCCACCUCUUUUCUCUCUCCCCACAUUCUCUCAAUGUAUCCCAGGAGGGAUUCUGUCUCCUGGUCCCAAAAAGCCACAUUGGGUCUGAUUUUUCUUGGUGCUUACCCUUCAGAUCCAGUCCACCGUAGCAUAUGAUCCACUUUAAAUGAAGAACAGAAAGAGCCACUUGGAUGAGAAAGUUCGUACAUUGACUUUUUUUUAAUAAGAACUUCUCACCACAAUAAACGAAUGCCAAUGGACCCAUAUCAUGUAGUCACUUAUCACAGUGGGCAUGUGAGCAUGUGGUGAGCCAUAAUAGUAAUAAUAUUCUGCCAGGUUCCGAGGGUCUCUUGUGAAAAAGGGGAGGGUUGGAAUUGAAAUCAAAUUAUCAAUUUCCACUGAUCCAACCCCCCACUACAAACCCUCUCAUGUUGUUCCUUAAAAUUUCCUGUCAUUUCAUGGCGAUUAGAUGGUACCCAUGAGAAGGAAGAGGCAGAAAGAUUCCAUUCCGUAGAUGGCAAAUUUAGUCUGGAUCCAACUUUAACUGUGCAGUUCUCUUAGGUGAAGAUCUUACUUAAGCACGUGAGCAAGCGUUAGAUCAAAAGCAAACCAGUAGCUGCUAUAAGAACUAGCCUCCUGGAUCAGACCAGAGUCCAUCUAGUCCAGCACUCUGCUAC